CUGGAGGAGGAAUCGCAAAUAGAGAUCUAGAUCUAGACUAGAUCUAGAAUCCAGUUAACUGUCUUAAAUUAAAUUCAAGCAUUCCAAGUUUGGGCUUGAUGAAGAGACAAUGGACCAGCUACAUGAAGGAAUAUACUCAGGUUCUGAGGAGCAUCGAGAUCAUUUAAUGGAAAUGUACUGCCAAGGUGAUUUUAUGGAGUCCUAUGAUGAUAAAAAGCUGAAAAGAAGAGAAUCGGACGCCAAGUGUCGAGCCAAUAUCACUGCUGGAUUUGAUCUACUCAAAGAGCAGGUCUAUGCUUCAGGGAGUCAGGAAAAGGUUUCUAAGGAGACCAUUUUGCAUCAGUCUUUUGUGAGGAUAAAAUACUUGGAAGGCGUUCUUGUUGCAUUACAGCAAACCAAAGAAAUCUCAAAUGGUACAAAGGAGAUGUUGCAGAAGGUUUCACCCCUCCAACAACUAAAGGACAUUCAUCAUCAGUUUGUAGCCUUUCAGCAGAGGCGGUGGAGUCGUGGUCUGCCGACUCAAAGACCAGCUCGGGAUUCGCCCAGGACCCCUCAUGAUAGACAAGGAGGAAUUAGAAGAAUGACAAAAAGAAGGCGUCCUAAGCACAAGUCCUUGAAGAAGUCGCCCGUCUUGGCGAAACGGAAGAAAUGUUCCCCUAUCAUCCACCUGCCACCGGCCCGCCACACCCCCUCCAGGCCCCAGAAGCGCAUCAAGCUUGCCUCCACGGAGGCCAACCAGGACCAGGUCGUACCCCUGUGUUCCAUUCUACACCCCACCUUAAAGAUUCCCCACCCAUCCAGCACAAGGAAGGGGACUGGGCGUGGCAGGAUGGGGCGUGGCAGGGCGGGGUCACAGACGGUACCCUAUAGUCCACAGGGUAGAAAGGAGGAUGUGCAGCAGGAGAAUCUCUACACAAAUGAGAAAGGUGCUCCGUCCAGCCCGAUGAUCGAUGUCUGCACGACACCUUGCAAGGCGGGGCUCUUGAGAGGAUCAUCCCUGAUAUCCACACCCAUGAAGACAUACCAGAUCAUUGGAACCUCCAUCACUCCCGUCAAGAUUGCUUACGAUGUGGAAUCUCUGGAGGACAGCGAAAAGGUUCCUGGACCUAGUCCAGACCUGGUCUGUGAUGAGGAACCAACUUCUUGGGCUGAGGAUGACAGCUCCAGUUCCAGUGGAUCCAUACCAGAGCUACACAUCAGUCAUCCAUGGUUCUCCACCGGUCUUCUCACAGGCAACCACACCCCAGUCCCACCUGCUGCCAAACACCAGCGCCCUCCAUCCAGACCUCCGGUCCUGGAGCCCCAGGUCGGACGGAAGGAGAUGGUAGACGAUAAGAGGAAGGAGUUUUCAGGAGGGGGUGUCCUCAACGAAAAUGCAAAUGGAACCAAAUUCAAGAAACAGGAAAAAUGUACCACACCCAGAAAGAAGUACCGCAAGAGAGCCACAGCAGCCAGAGUGCGGGCAUGGGAUUCUGCUACUGGGAGGGUGCUAAGCCCCGUCCAACCGUACAGCGGAGUCUUCAAGGCGAUGCAACAGCGAAAGAUAGACCUCUCCAGCGAGUCCAGAUCCCCUGCAGGUGGCACCAAUAGCCCCUGGGGAUAUCUUGGACAGAAGCUAUCCCCCUCAAGGUACGAUGCGCCCAUCCGUCCUAUGAGCUCGAUCAUCAGGGAACGUCUGGUGGACCGAAUGAAUUCAGACAUUGUCUACAUGGAGGACUUCACGGAAGAGUCCGAUGAGGAGAUAAUUGACCUGUUGGGGAUGGAUAGUCCAGUAACAAGAUCCAGCAGACCAGACAACACGGUACCCACCCCAUGCCUGGAUCAAAACCAUGACGCGGAUGACUCCAGCCCUGCCUGCCUCCGAGAUGUGAGCAUCCCGCCCCCUACCGGCACCAUCUCUCCCCCAUCCCUAGCCCGACAUAGCAGCAUGGGGUACGACGAGUCCCCGGAACUCUUCAAGGGAUUCAGGUCACUUUGGGUGAAGGAUUCCAAAGGGGACAGCUGCAUUGCUGUGGAGACUGGCUUUGAGAUGGACUGCUACCGGCAGAUCAACAAUGAGGAGGAAUGUUUCUAUGACUACCACCACCAGACGAGAUGCGAUCCGGACGAUGCUGCCAUGCAGGAGGACGACCUCUUCGAAGCUGACCUGGGUGACAUGCGGCACCUGGACCCCGCCCUUCAGCCCCCUUCCUCUUCCCUCGAUAGCGAAGAUUACAUCGUCCCUCUCCGUAGAAACAAGGCACUGGAUCGCAUCGAGGUCGUGAUCGAUGCGGAUGAGACCUGUGGAAGUUCUCGCCGUAAGAAGAGAGCGGUGACGCCCGCCAUGUUGAUGAAUGAUGGUGUAAUCACACCCGCCCUUGCAUCCUUUGCUUCAUCGGCACUUAGCAUGAAACACACGAGGCGAACAAACGUGAAAGGACAGAGGAGGAGAAAUGUUAGGCUGAAUCUGCCAAAAGCUUCUACGGCUUCUAGUGAAGAAGAAGAUGACCUCAACAUCUGGAAGUUCACUCGAGCCGCUCUCAACGAAAAAGACGUCUUCGGAUUCUUGCCAAGUGACAGUUCUUACGCCCUCAUUACAAAUAAUUACUAG